AUGCCUUCCGAUCUCUGCCCCGUUUACGCCCCCUUCUUCGGUGCCAUGGGCUGCACCGCCGCCAUUGUCUUCACCUGCUUUGGUGCUGCCUACGGUACCGCCAAGGCUGGUGUUGGUAUCUCGGCCAUGGGUGUCCUCCGCCCUGACCUGAUCGUCAAGAACAUUAUCCCCGUCAUUAUGGCUGGUAUUAUUGCCAUUUACGGUCUGGUCGUUGCUGUCCUGAUCUCCAACGAUCUCACCCAGAAGAUGGCCCUCUACACCGGUUUCAUCCAGCUUGGUGCCGGUCUUUCGGUCGGUCUCGCUGGUCUCGCUGCUGGUUUCGCCAUCGGUAUCGUUGGUGACGCUGGUGUCCGUGGUACCGCACAACAACCCAGACUCUUCGUCGGAAUGAUUCUUAUCCUCAUUUUCGCUGAAGUUUUGGAGCUCUUCCCGCCGAGUGCUAAAUGCACCAUCGAUCUUGAUAUGCGCAGCCCUUCGACAAGCACCUAUGCGCAUGUUGUCUUCGAUAUAACACACCCUGCCAUGACGAACCAUAAGAAGUAA